AUAUUGUGGUUAGUUUGUGCGUGCAGUCGAUUGUAUAAGGCAUAGAAAGUGAAAAAAAAAUUAAAUUCAUCUGUUAGUCAUGUGUUGACAAAGUCUCGCGCCAAUUGAGAUUUAAUACUGACCUUUGAACAUACACAAAUUGCCAAACAUUGAUUAGUUAGCAUUAUUCCAUUCCGUCGAUUCGAUAACAAAUGUGAACUUCAAAAAUUCUCAAGUUUAUUUGUGCACACUUGUUAUCAAUUGUGGGAUUUUUUCGUGUUAUUUUUUUUGGAGAUUGACACGAAUCGUCUGAUUCAAUACGAAUAAUAUUUAUUUAGUCUAAAAUUGGUUGGCAAACAGAUCGGUUUGAAAAGUUUGUUUAUCUGUGGGGGAGCAUUUAAAAUGGGUUUAAUAACAAUGAUUUUGGCGUUGCCGUUUGAGAUGUUGCGCGGUUACAUAAUUCAGCCAGUUGUGGAUCGGACACACAACACCUACGAUGACUAUCGAAAUCGCACCAAACAAGGAGUGAUAACAACACGCGAGGUAAUGAUUAAAUUGGCGAUUCUUGCAUUUGCCGCAGCUAUUAUCAUCUGGAUGGCAGUUUUCAUGUACAUUGCAUUCUACUACACAUACAUGCCAUCGAUCGCACAUGUACGACCUGUUUACAUGCAAUUUAAGACUUGUGAAGAAAUCAUUGGACCGUGUUCGUUUCCCCAGGCGCAUGUUUUAUUGACCCGAAAACAGCAAUUGCUUAUGGUUGGUCAACCGUAUCGUAUAUCAGUGAAUAUCUAUAUGCCUGAAUCCGAACAAAAUUUGCGCUUGGGAAUGUUUAUGGUGUGCGCUGAAAUGCGAGAUCAACGAACUCGAUUGCGAAAUCAUGCGUGCCGUUCGGCAAUGCUACAUUACCGUUCCCAUUUGGCACGUACAAUAUCAACAUUGGUGAUGAGUCCGCUCAUUAUAUUUGGUAUCAAAGAAGAAACACAACAAAUACCCGUUGAAGUAUUUUCAAGCUACGAAGAUGAUCAAGAAAAUCCGGUCACCGAUGUUUUUGUCGAAAUUCAAUCGAAACAAAUUCAAUUCUAUUCGGUUACACUGCACAUUAUCGCACAUUUCACUGGAUUACGUUAUAUUAUGUUUCAUUGGCCAAUACUCUCUGCUUCAAUAGGUAUUGGAGCGAAUCUGUUCUUCAUAAUGACGGUCAGUCUAUUGAGCUGGUACCAUUGGUCGGAUUCCGUAUGGAUGGAGGAGACACGUAAACGUAUUCGUGAUCGUGCCGAAGAAAGUCGCCGAAAACGUGCCGAGGUUAUGUCCGCAUCAUCUAUUGGAGAGAAAACAUUCGAUGACGACGAAGACAUAAGCAUUCUAGAAGAGAAACCCAUGCAAUUCGACGAUGACAGUGAUAUUGAAGAAUUAACCGGUUUCAGCGAAAGUGAGAUACGCCAACGCAAACCACAACUCAGUGAAACAGCUUCCAGCUAAAUCAAUCACAAUUUAUCAAUAAGCAUAAACUAUUUGAGAUAAUUUAAUCACACAGCCAAACAAUGAAUAAGAAAAUAGUUUACAGAGAAUUAAUAUAAUAUCGUUAGAAGGCUAUUCGCUGUAACAUAUAUAAUUCACGUAAUGCAAUCGAAUAUUGCAUUUAAUUGAUAGUUAAACAAAUGCCAUAUUGAACCGUUUUAAGAGGUUAAUACGAUUUAUUAUUAGAGCAGCUUGUACAUUCGAAGUACAUACAUCACUUAAAGCAAAAAAAAAAAAAACUUACCAAUUAAUACCAAAUAGAAUCUUCGAUUUUAUCAAUUGAUUCUGACUAAACGCAAUGUUUUUAAUUCGAAUAAUUAAAGAAAAUGUGAAGCAUACACACGCCAUACAAAUAUGGCAAGAUUCCAAAGAUGAACAUUUAAAAGAACCAAAUACUCUCUUAACACACACAAAAAAGACGAUUUUACAAAGAAUUUAUCGUGUGAUCGAUAUCAUUCCGAUUUUGAAAUGAAAAAUAAAGAAAACUCGAAACAAAUAUUUUAUCGUCAACCAUUCGACGAUGUUUAUAA